GAAAAGAAGGCAGAGGAUUAUUUACGAGGAGUCCAAAGACAAAAGCAGUGCGAACAAGACUUUACCUUGUUAUGUCAUUUAAGUACUUUUAAACAAGAGCGCUGCAUUGUUUCCCACGGGCAGUUUUUUUUUUUUCCCUCGGGCUGACAAAACACACAUCAGUCUCCUCUAAGCCGCGCAUGAACUGGGAUGCACUGACGUUAGCUUCUUAGCUUGCUCGUUAGCUUCCCGAACAUCUCCGUGUUAACGACGGGACCAAGCACACCAAAUAGUGCAUUAUGACAGACAGCAUUAUGAGCAAAGCUGCCACAAUGGAGAUUCCUAUCAACAGUAAUGGCGACACAGGGACACUACCAGAGGACGACAGCCUUGAACAGGCUGCAAAGCUGCAGUGGAGCUUAGAUGAGCAGGUAGGGAGCUCCAGAGGCACCAGGGACCUACAGCAGGUGAUGGUAUCGGGUCCCAAUCUAAAUGAGACUAGCAUUGUAUCAGGGGGGUAUGGAGGAACAGCAGAGGGUAUCAUCCCCACCAGCUCAAUCAAAGGCCCUGCUGUGCACUACAAUGCAGAGUUUAACAAAAGGAUCCCAGUUACAGGAUUAGGGUCCAACAUGCACCACAGCAGCAGCAGCUCGUCAAUGACGGCAGAAGAGCUGACCCGAGGUGUGGCUGUGGAAAAACUAGAAACAAUGAAGAAGUGGGGUCUCAACACUUACAAGUGUACAAAGCAAAUGAUCUCGGAGCGUUUCGGUCGGGGUUCCCGGACUGUGGACCUGGAGCUGGAGGCCCAGAUCGAGGUGCUGAGAGACACUAAGAGGAAAUACGAGAACGUCCUGCGACUGGCCAGAGCACUGACCAACCACUUCUACAACAUGGUGCAGACGCAGCAUGCGCUCGGUGACACCUUUGCUGACCUCAGUCAGAAAUCUCCAGAGCUUAGGGAUGAGUUUGGCUACAAUGCAGAGACUCAGAAGUUGCUGUGUAAGAACGGGGAGACUCUACUUGGUGCCAUUAACUUCUUUGUGUCCAGCAUCAACACACUAGUCAACAAGACCAUGGAGGACACCUUGAUGACGAUCAAGAUGUAUGAAAAUGCCAGACUGGAGUUUGAUGCCUACCGGUCAGACCUGGAGGAACUGAGUCUGGGUCCAAGGGACGCUGUUGCCAUGGCCCGUAUAGAUGCUGCUCAGCAGCAAUACCAAGUGCAUAAGGAGAAGUAUGAACGUCUCCGCUCAGACGUCAUCAUUAAACUCAAGUUCCUGGAGGAGAAUAAGGUGAAGGUGAUGCAUAAGCAGCUCCUGCUCUUUCAUAAUGCCAUCUCAGCAUACUUUGCUGGCAACCAGCAGCAGCUGGAGCAAACGCUGAAGCAGUUCAACAUAAAGUUGAGGCCUCCAGGGGCCGACAAGCCCUCCUGGUUAGAGGAGCAAUGAGAGGGCCUGCUGGAUCUCCUGCAGCCUCCUUCUUGACCACCUCCACCUGUUACCUGUUGAAACCCCCAACUUACAGAGGACCACUACAGAGGGAAAACACAUACAGAUAAUUGGGUGGAUGAAGAAAUGAGAUGAGCGUGUGGCUGGAUGAUUGGACAGAUGAAGGAAGAUCGGACAGAUGGAUUGCAGGGUAUUAUUGAUGAAUGCAGCAAGAAACGAUGUGGCCAGUUUCAUGAACAGCCAGGGGGCUAUUAGUGCCUCUUUCUCCAACUUCCUCUUUUUUCCACUCGAACCCUCUCCUUGUGCUUUGUUCCCAGAGAAACUGUUCAUCUGCCCCUUCCCUCUCCCCAGUUCACCUUAAACCCCCUUCUAUCUCAACACUACUUUGCUGUGUGCGCUUGUGUUAGUCAUUCUUAUGGCCAUUAUCGUACUCCUCAAGUGCUCCCAGUGAUCUGAGUUAAACUUCAGUCCCACACCAUCUUAGCAACAGAGACAGAUGAGUAAAGGAAAAAUAGUAAAAACCCAUUAAAAUACAUUCAGAUGUAACCAAACACUACAUCAAAACUCCUCCAAACCUUAUCACUCUCCUCGUGUGCCUCCUUAUGUAUGAUCUAAUGUAAGUACAGAAAAAAGAAGUCAAACUACACAUGAAGGGGAUUUGUUUGCUACACUGGAAAGGAAUGUGCAGACAUUUCCAAUCAAUGUACAUUUCAAAUUAAGUACUGUUUCACUUUUGAAAUGAAAUAUUAUACAAUUGUUUGUAGCUUAAAUAUAAAAAAAAAGACAAUGCUGUGUUUAGUUUAGUGUUUGGUUAAUUUGACCUUCAUGUCUUUGUUUUUGUUUUUUUCUAACUAUAUCAGUUCUACUCAGCUGUAUGUCUCAUGCCUCGGAGUGAAAGACAGUAUAGUGUUAGGGCAACGUGUGCUGGUGUUUAGUCUGAGGUUAUGAGAAAUGCUACAGAUUUGAAUUGUUACCUGAUUUACUUGUUUUAUUUACCCAAAGAGAAUUGAAAGAGAUGGAUGAUGAUUGGAUGAUGAUUGGAUGAUGAAACCCUGCUACGUUUUCAUGGGUUAUUUAAGCAACGCCGAUUGGCUCAGUCUGGACUGAGGAAGCUUUGAGGGACAGCUGACCUAUUACAGUCUGUUAAGAUCCAACAAACUUGAAUGGAUUCACUCCAUUAUUACAUUGUCUAACGGGCUGUAUUUACAAGGAAUUCACAUUGAUACAUGAUACAUUGAAAUGUGUUUUUUUUUUUUUUUUAUAAACUUUGUUUGUCUCUGCAAUGUCUAGGGUCAUAUCUUCCAGUCCUCCUGAAGCAGAAUAUAUUUGUCUAUGGUUACUUUUCUUCACCGUGAAGAUUAGUGUAGCCGUCUAAUAUUACUAAUUGUAAUAUUUCAACAUGAUUUUGUCGUUGGUGAUUUGGAAAACAAAUUUUUUUUUUUUUUUAUCUCCUGUAACUGAAACAUUGUCUUAGUGUAAUGUUAGUAAACAAUCAUGAAUGGUUGACAAUUAAGAGAGGGUAUUGCCACAUGGUACUACAAAUGUAAUGUUGAAUUUUUAUGCAUCACUGUAUUUAUUAUGUACAUUGUAUGUGUUAAUCUGUUGGAAUCAACAUGUUGUACACUGGAAUUUCUGGUUUGUGCAAAUCACUCAUUUUUAUGAGUAUGACAUUUAAGGCAUUUUACAGGUGACACACUAACAUGACAAUAUGCCUCAGGCCAACUAAAUCUGUAAUUGAUAUACUCCAGAAGAAGAAAAGAUAUUCUACACUAACUGAUAGGAAGAACCGGCUGUGAAGUCAAAUGAAGAUAAUCCAGUAUAAUGAAUGUUUUACCAUGCUGCAUUUAAUCCUAGAAACAGAACGGAGUGCUCUGUGAAACCUCCAUCAGUUAAUGUGUCAGGCCUCCAGCUUCUCGUCUCCUCUCUAUUUGCAUGGCAGACAGCGAUCCAAAGUAUAGGAGCAGAUAUCUGUGAGUGUACCGAUGCUCUACUCUUGGCCAUCUGCGUGCCAGCUCGCAUGGACUGGCCUAACGCCGUGCUUCAGGGUUCACUUUUUAAUGCUGCACUCGUGAGGACAGUCGUGAAAGGAAGUGGAUUUGAUUUUUGAUGAGAAGCAAAUAUCAAAAACGGAUUCUUAAGAUUUUUUUUUUUUUUCUGAAUUCUUAUGUGUCAGUGUGUCAACUGGGUGUAUUUUAUUCCAGCUGUAGGAAGACCUUGGCCUCACUUACAGCAAAAACUGCAGUUUCGCUGGCCAGCUCCUGGUCUGUUUGACCGCCACACAGCAAUAUUAACAAAAAAUGUGACUCCUCUUUUCCAAACCUGCCCCUUUGAAAUUCCUCCCCCCUUACACCAAAAUGAAGAUUUAUAAAAUGAGAUAUUUUAUUUGUGUACAAUCGAUAUUUUCUAGGUUGAGCUGGUGUAUUGUACUGUAUGAAUGAUUGCACAUAAUGGUAUUUAAGAUGAUCAAUGAAGUCGUGUCAUGGAUUGAUGUGAUACUCUGCCUUCAUUCCUCGCUCAGACCUGAAAAGUCCCACCCUGCCCCACCCCAAUGGAA